UCGCAGCGCUCCUGCACGUGUCAAGGUUUUGCGAGCGUUUACUGCUCCUGAACCCCGUCUAGCAGUUAGCUCCCCCUCGUCGUAUGCAAGCUCAAACUCGUUCCACUGUAGGUCCAUGGACAAGGUGGAGUUUGACGAUGUCACGGACAGAUUACUGCUACGUGUCAUGAAUGGCACUAAGGGGUUCAUCUGUAGUGAGUACACAUGGGAUCCCGUCGCUAAUGAAUGUGUCCAGCCCUUCAUUAUUAAUGCGAGAAGUGAUCUGCACCUGGAAAUUUCGUCCACGCAAGUCAAAGAGAGAAUUGUCCACCUGCAAGAAAAGUUCCGCCAACACAAGAGAGGUGAAGCGAACUUCGGAGCAAAUAUCGAUAUUGCGGAAAAAGUGUUCGGGGACCAGAUAGACUCUCUCCCACCAUCGUUGGAAAUAGAUGCACCUCGAUUAUCUAUUCCACUAUACGAGCAUAGGAAACGUUCGUCCACUGAUGGAGGUGCAGAGACCAGCAGGCGACCGAGCAAAUCUCGUCGUUCUGCUGGCCCUUCCUAUUCUAGAUGCAGUGAUGAUGCCAUCAGUCCUGAAUUUGCUAAGUUGAUGGACAGUGAAUUUAGUAUGUCUCGUUGUGUUGCCAAACUUCAGAGGCUUGGUUUCAAAGACCCAAGACUUUUCGAGGCUAUCGAUUUGCUAAAGGUUGACCUAGAAGCGCGUGAAAUAUUCAUGACGCUAGCGGACGAGACCGCAAAAGGAUAUGUCAACCGUCUCCUCGGCGUCGAAGGCAGCUAAAUUUAGGAGUUGUGGCUAAAUUUAGGAGUUGUAUGGGAAGACAUUGUGAUGACCUGUGAAUGUGCUUUGGAGCUUGUAAUGAGAUUUGGAGCGGUGCUUUGGAGCUUGUACUUGUGUUAUGUGAAUCA